AUGUACUCAUCCAACAUCGGCACUGCCGGCCACAGACCCACGGCGCUGUACUCGGGCUACCAGUAUUCGUCCCAGUACAAAUCCAUGCCUGCUGGCCAGUUUCAGCAGCCUCUGAUGCCGUACCAACAUCAGCACCAUAACCUGAUGUCUAUAGGCGGCACGGGCUAUUACUCGGGUUCGAUGGGUCAAGCUCCACCUCCUUAUGUGCCAGUGCAAGCUGCCCCGUUGGCUCCUCCGGCGCUCCAGCCAGUUGCUGCUCCCGCACCUGCGCCAGCUCCUCCAUCGUCUUCCGGAGGCAUCAACGCGGUGUUGGAGUACGAGCCUAAUGACAUGGCAGCUUUUCUUUGCUGGUGUGCGUUUGGAAUGCUUAACCAGAACAGAAACCCUUCGAAGGACUUCGAAAAGAUGGUUGUGUCGAUCUUGUACGCCACUCGCUUGCCAAAGUCCUCCAUCAUCAUUGCUCUAGAGUAUAUGAACCAGCGUUUCUCCACUGCUCCUCCUCUCGGCCACAUGUCUGAGCAGGAAAUCUUUGUCAAGUUGGUUGUGUCUUUGGUUUUGGCCAACAAGUUCAACGACGACAACACCUUCACGAAUAGGUCGUGGUGCGGUGCCACGGGUCUUCAGAUCGAGGUGAUCAACGCUGAAGAAGCAACUUGGCUUCGUGAGGUGAAGUGGCAGUUGAAUGUGGUGAAGUUCAGAGAUAACAUCUGCACCUUGGAAGAGUGCUGGAAGACGUGGUUGGACAAGUAUUCCGCCACCCAGUCUUCUAAGUCCUACAACUCUCCAGCGAUGUCUUCAGAUGGCAUUUUCGGCUCAUCUUCCAUUCCUUCUUCGCCUGUGUAUCAUUCAUCGGCCUCGUCCACCUACAACAGUGUGUCCCCAACAGACCAUUCUCCUUCAAAGUAUUCCCAAGAACCCUUGUGGGCUCUGGGUUACUACUACCGUCCGCUGUACCCACCACAGCAGUCCAUUUGGGCGCACACACCAACGCAAUAUCAGUAUAUGACCCAGCAUGAACCAAUAAUGUCUGGAGUCAAUUACUUUGGCUACACCAAUCCUUAUUAUGCCUGCAACAUGGCUUCAUGUUAA